AAAUCAUCAAGGGACAAGUUUAACAGAAGCUACAAUGAAGAACUCUUUUCUAACAUUAGGCUUUGUCAUUGUCCUGACAAUCUUAAUAAAUCAUGAUUGUCAAGGAUUUCCCACUAAUCAUCAUCAUAAAUCAAAAAUUGAUAAUCAUCGUCAAAAACGAAAUUCAAGUUUUGACCAGGAAAUAGAACAAUUAAAACAAGGAAUCAAAAAUCUAAAUAGCACUGAAUUCUCAGAAAUUCAAGAUUAUAUUAGUAAAACAAUCAUUCAAUUAUUACAAAAGUAUCCAGAUUUUAACCAGACAUCGGGAUUAGAUAUUUUGGAACGGAUGCGUCGAGAAACUAGUAAGAAAGCGUGUUCUUGUUAUGGGAAUCUUCCAAAAAGAAAACAAAAAGAACUUAAACAUAUAAUUGAUGAUAUAAUUAAAUACGGUAAUCCCGAUGGUAUUAAUGAGAAUAAACCUCCAAAACAAAAUAGUAUAAAUAAGAAUGAUAAGAAAGGUAAGAAAGGUGAGGAUGAUGAGGAUGAUGAGGAUGAUGAGGAUGAUGAGGAUGAUGAGGAUGAUGAGGAUGAUGAGGAUGAUGAGGAUGAUGAUAGCGAAAGUGGAACACCAACCAAUGCUAAUCAUCGUAACUUGAAUAGAAUACACGGUGAUGAUCCACUUAAUACAGGUAACAACCCUCAAAAUGAUAAAGAUAAUACGGAAGAGGAAAUAGAUGAUGAUGGUGGUGAUGAUGAUGGCAAUAAUGAUGGCAAUAAUGAUGGCAAUAAUGAUGGUGAAGAUGAUAGUGGUGAUGAUAGUGGCAAUAAUGAUGGUGACGAUGCUGAUAAGACUUGUACUUCAGAUAUUAUGAAUAAUAUUGUGGAUAAAUUACAAAAACUUGUGUGUAAUUCGCUUUGCAGCAAAAAUAAAAAACCUAAAACAACAAAAACAGUUGUAACAACAACAACAACAACUAUUAAAAAAAACAAACGUGAUGAUAAUAGUACUAUCAUUAAAGAUGACGAACAAAUAGAAACAUCAUCACGUCAAUCUGUUGUAACAAAACCUUCUUUAAUUCCUGAGACGAAUUUGGAAACAUCUAAAGUUAAACGAGAACCCAAUAAUGACAAUAAAAAAAUAAGGUAUAUAAAUUCAAAUGACACUGAAACAUCCACUAUUUCAUUAACUAUGAUGGGACAAGAAUUUAUUGUAAGUAAUAACAACAAAACGUCAGAAACAUUUCCAAGUACAAUCAAUGUUUCAACAGUUACUAUUCCCAAUCAGAAAAAUGACAAUAGACCUAAAGAAACAGAAGAAACAACAGAUAAUUCAAAUUUUCAACCAUACAAAAUUAAAAAAUAAUUCAAAUGAAUAUACAUUAAAAUUAAGUUCAACUCAUACUUUUAAUAUUUUACUUCAAAUUAGUAAAUUUUUUAUAUUUUC